CCACGCUGUAGAUUGACAUUCAUUCUCUGGCCUCAUCCCGCUAGACUCUACUGUUCAGUAUAGAUUUCCUGACAUUUACCUUGCAGUGUGUAUACAUAUAUUUACUUCGUUUCUCCCUUGUCUUUUUGUCCCCAUUCCCUAUUUCUUUAUCUAUAUAUUCUGCUAGAGAGAGAUUUUGCAGACUGAGAGAUCAUUUCGAUCUAUGAGACAAUAACGCAGCAUUGAACUAUCUCACGACACCAAAGACACCAGAUAUGCCCGGAAUCCCCGUCACGAUUAUCACCGGCUUCCUCGGAUCCGGAAAGACCACCAUCCUCCUGAACCUGAUACCCCAACUCCCGCCAAGCUACAAGCUUGCCCUCCUAAAAAACGAAUUCGGUGACGUCGCCAUCGACUCCCAACUUGCCUCAACACAAUCCAUCUCCGGCGUACGCGAACUCCUAAACGGCUGCAUCUGCUGCAAUCUUGUUGGACAACUGAGCGAUGCGCUCAACCAGCUCCGGGAUGAAGUGCAGCCGGAUCGGAUCGUGAUCGAGACGAGCGGUAGCGCAUUCCCCGCCACGUUGGCAAUGGAAGUGAACCGACUCUCGAGGGAGCAAGGGGGAACUUUCGUGCUCGAUGGGGUUAUCAGUGUGAUCGAUGUAGAGAACUGGCAGGGAUAUGAUGAUACAUCGUAUACGGCGAAGCUGCAGGCCAAGUAUACGGAUUUGAUCAUCUUCAAUAAGUGGGAGAACGUGCCGGAGCAGCGGUUCGAUAUCUGUCUGGAUCGACUGGGAGAUUUGGAACUGCAGACACCAUGGGUGAAGUCCGAUAAAGGGAAAGUGGAUAAGGAUCUUCUACUGGGCAUUGAUGGAGCUUUGCUUGCGAAAGAUCCGAACAUUGACCCAGAACAUCUGGUGGAUGGACAUGAUCAUGACCAUGACCACGGCAAGAAUGGACACCAGUCCGAAGUCGAAGUGCUCACCGUCAGCCUCAAGUCGACGACCUCAUCGUCCGACCGACCGACCGUCAACCUCACCUCUCUCGAGACGUUCCUCCUUGCUGCCCCUAAAGAUGAAGUGUAUCGAAUCAAGGGUGUCAUCCGAUGCUCCACCACAAAUCCGCCAGCAGACUCAUCGGGUGAGAAGAAGGAACCGACUGCUACCUCCCCCGAGUCUAGCGGAACUCAAUACUACCUCUUGAACUGGGCCUUCGGGCGAUGGACAUUCACUCCAUCUUCAGGGCUCGCAGAUAAUGUAGACCCCUCGACUGUUGCUCGCAUCACGGUGAUCCUCGCGCGGUAUGAGUCCGCCAAGUGGAAGAAGAAGCUCGAAGAUGGCGGACUGGUCGAAGUCGACGGCGAUGCUGCCAUUGGACAGUUAACAGUCGAAAGGAUAAUCUAAGAGCCCAUCUUCUGCACAAAUAGAAAUACGAAUGACUGAACGAGUUGAUUGUCGACAUACAUUGUACAUUUGGAUAGAUACCCUUACACUCUAAUUGUCCUACUUUACUCGGGAUGAGCAAUGGGAAGGAAAACAAAUUAAGGAGAGAAUUAAGAGUUGGAC